AUGCCCCUCUGGACUGGCGUGCCCUCUCUGCCUUCAGCUAUGGCGACUGGCGGCCACGAUCAGCACCUCCCCUCCAUCGUGGAUAGGAGCUCCGACUGCGCCACAGCUGGUAUCGGCAAGAAGGAGGACGAUGGCCCUGUGCUGGCCUUGGAGCUCAGCGAUAUUCUCGUCGACGAGUUCGCAAAUGAUCCUGAGGAUGCUCCGUCUACUCAGUCGUUGUCCGUCCCCGAUGUGGGGGCACGUCUGUCUCGCUUGACAGGAAGCGUGGGUAGGCAUGACGAAACUUUCGCCCCGUCCGAGCCACAAGAGAGAGGUGCUAGGUACCAGCCGUACCCAUCUCCAAUGCGGCCGUCGACGGUCAAGUCGGAGAGCGUAAUGUGGACUGGCAGUGCGCCUUUGAUGGCUCCGACCAUCCAAAACUACAAUCAGGCUCCAUGGACGAGCGUCAGUGGCCCUCUGGCUGCGAGGCCAGCGAAUAGUCACUUCCCGGCCGCGUUCCGAACCUUCUCCCAGCCACCGACCGCAUCUCAGAUGCCCUAUUCGUAUGGAGGCCUCCCUCCUCGCAGCUACAACCAACUUCCGACGCCACCAUAUACCCCAGUCGCGCUUCCUCGGCCUCUUCCGAUCAUCAGUGUCCCCCAAGUAGUCCAUAUCCCUGAAGGAUUUGCGCCGUCUUCGCGUCAGCCGCCACCCGUCGAGAAGGUUGACUCGCCGACGCGCGCCCCCACGGAGAUCAAGAAUUUGGUGCUUCCCGACCCGAACGCGGCCGAAUUCAUGCGCCGCAAGAUGGGGAUCCCGAAAGAUCGUGUAGUGAAUCUGCGUGCGGUCCCCGACACGACGGAUCACAGCCGCCCGGGGACGCCGCUAUACCAGCUCAUCGGCCUCGCCAUCUGCGGCAGCGAUCACCAGAAGCUGACCCUCAAGGGCAUCGAAAACGCGAUCAUCGACGGGUUCACGUAUUACUCUGACAAGCGGGACGUGGCGUCCUGGAAGAAUUCGAUCCGCCAUGCCUUGUCGCUGUACAAGAUGUUCGUCCAAAUUCCUCGCGCUGCCAACGAUCCGGGCAAAGGCGCAUACUGGACGAUCAGCACUGCAGACGGCGACGGUUUUGCGCGGAAGCGCAAUCGCAAGAAAGGCAAGGCAGCGAAGAAGCCCGCCCCGAAAUACGAAGACUCGGACGAAGACUCUUUCUUGGACAGCAGCAGCGAGUCCGAGGAAGUUGAGCAGCGCUACCAUCCUUAUGCUCGUGCUACUCGUCAGGCAUCCCCCAUCGUCACCGGCCGACGCGUGACGACUCGUAGCGGCGCAAAGAAGGCUCUGCAGCUGUAG